AGUUGUUGUUUUUGUGUUAUUUGUUGUUGGGUUGGGAUUUUAGAUUUUCGCUAGUAUAUUGAAAUUGGCUACUUUUAGUUAUGUGUUUCUAAACAACAGAUAAAAGUUAAACUUUAACAAUGGUUUUCAAAUUACUGCGGACUGACUCCAAUGAGCCUUGCAAAAUAAAACUACCAGUCGGUAAACAUUUGAUUGGUAGAGGGAAGUUUCUUGAUUGUGAGGACAAACGAGUUUCAAGAAACCAUGGCGAGUUGGAAGUUUUUGGUGAUACAGUAGUUAUUAAGGCGUUACACCAAAACCCAUGUUUCAUGAUAAGGAAAGGAACCGAAGAAGUUCAAAUAAUAAAGAAGGACUGUACAGUCAACCUCGAUAACGGUGACAGGUUUGGUUUGCUCCCUAACACUUACUGGUAUGAGUUAUUACACUGUGCAUUCACUGAUUGUGACAAAGAUGAUGAGCAAAUCCAAUCACAAGUCUAUGAAGAUGAUUAUAAUAGCAUAGCGACAGAACCGAUGGACUGUGGUGAUAGCACAAGACAUGAUGUGGAUGAAGUAGUGGAUUUUCACUUGAAUGACACAGUGGAAGAGAAUCCAGUUGGGUCUCCAUCAUUAUUACCUCCAGAAAACCAAAUAUCAGAAAGUCCCAGUACUGCAACAAGGCAAACAUCUAAUGAAGAACCAAAUCUUAAUGAAGCACCAAGCUCACCAGCCAAGAGAUGUCGCAGUCAGGGAAGUCACAGCCAAGAUGAUGAGAGCACAGUAAAGAAAAUCAAAACUGAACCUGUCGAAGAACAGAAACCAGAAGUAAAGUCUGAGCCUGGUUUAGAUGCGGCUGGACCCAGUAAUAAUCAAGCUGCAUCCUCCUCAAAUGCAAAUGAUGGUGGCUCAAAAUCACCACCACAAAACCAAAUACUCAGAGAGAGGUGCAUGUAUGGAGCUAACUGCUACAGAAAGAAUCCCCAGCACAAAGCUCAGUUCAGCCACCCCACGGAUCCGGACUGGGGCUCCGGGGCUCAGGUGCCGUGCCCGCGCGGCGCCGCCUGUUGCAAGACUGACCCGCGGCAUUUGCGCGACCACUCGCACCCGCCCGGCGCUCCGCAGGCGCCACAGCCGCGCCCGCUGCCGUUCCAGCCUAACCCAGGCAUGAGAGUUGUCCAAAGAAAUGGCAACAUCUACUACAUAAACGCCCACACUGUUAACUUUUUCGAUGACGAUGAUCGCGUGGAAGCUUUAGACUCUGAUGGAGAAAGUGUAGAUUUUGAUUAUGAGUUUUAAUUUUAUCUGUUACGAUCUUGAAGACGAUUAUGUUAUAUUUAUUAGUUAUACACUUUCACCGCAUUAUUGAUUACCUACUUAAAAGAAUCUACACUCAUUCCAACAAAUUAAUUUAUAGGCAAUAAGAAAAGGAAAACAAAACCUAAGAGAAAGAGUGAUAGUGAUGAAGAUGAUGAGGACCCUGCGCAGAGUAACAUUGUACAAGGGAAGAG